CGCAGUGGGCAUCUCUCUCCGUUCUCGAACGACGACUCCACCCUCGGAACAGUCGGUCACGCUGCCCGCAAGAUAGAGAAAGAACCGCGCGCCCAUUCGGAACACAGACAGACACUGAACCCUGAAUCCUGUAGCUACAGCGGUGCACGUCCACUAUGCAUCGCUCAAUCGCCAGGCUCGUCUUGCUCCUUGCCAUUGCCGCCGUGUCCAGCGGCUUCUUCGUCGUUGCCCAUGCGAGCUGCUGGCCGCACGAGAGGGACGCGUUGCUGGCCUUCAAGCAAGGCAUCAUCAACGACACCUACGGCGUCCUCGCCUCGUGGCAAAAACGGCGCCAUGACUGCUGCCGCUGGACAGGCGUCACCUGCAGCAACGAAACCGGCCAUGUGACCGAGCUCGACCUUGGUGAAACGGGUUUGGUCGGCCAGAUAAGUCCUUCCUUGCUUUCUCUCCAGUAUCUCGAGACAUCCCUGAUGCAUGGACCUAAUGGUCGUAUUUUCCCUGAAUUCUUGUGUUCUUUACACAACUUGAGACAUCUCGAUAUCUCGUACACACACUUUUCUGGUAGAGUGCCUGCUCAGCUUGCCAACCUUUCAAAGUUGGACUACCUCGACCUCUCCGGCACGCUCUUGUCCGGUAUACUGCCGCCUCAGCUCGGAAACCUUUCAAACUUGCGACACCUUCGCCUCAGUUUCAUGGAAAAUAUACACACAGCGGAUAUCUCAUGGUUAACUCAUCUGCAUUUCCUGGAAUAUGUUGAUUUGAGUGACAUAAAUCUCAGCGCCGUUGAUGUGUUCCUUGUGGCAAACACAAUUCCAACUCUAAAGGCCCUUAUUCUUAUCAACUGCUCACUUCCAAAUGCAAACCAGACGCUCACACACCUAAACCUCACAAAACUUGAGAACCUUGAUCUCUCCAUAAACUAUUUGGGCCAUCCAAUUGAAACCUGCUGGUUUUGGAACAUAAAAAAGCAUCAAGGACCUAUCACUCGUUUCAGGGACGGAGCCAGCUUUUGACCUUGAGGGGGGCAAAAUGGUGCUGUAAACUUCAUGAGGGGGGCAGAGUAAGCUAAGUCAGCAUGAAAUUACAGUUCUAGUGAGUAGUGUUCUUCAUAAAAUCCAAACCAUGGCGGUGGCUAAGCCCCCCCUCGUCCCCCCUUGUCUCCGUCCCUGACUCGUUUCAACCUAUCUCUAUGGCCCAUUCCCUGAUGCGCUAGGAGGUAUGACAACCCUCCAACACCUAGAGUUCAACGAUAAUGGUAAUUCUGCCACGAUGACGGUAGACUUGAAAAAUCUCUGUGAUCUAGAAACCCUAUGGCUUGAUGGUGGCCUCGCCCUUGGGAACAUAACAGAGCUCGUAAGGAAAUUGCCACAAUGUUCGUCCAACAAAUUGUCUAUGUUGUGUUCGGUU